AUGUCAAGUGAACUACUACCAUUGCUCUGCCUCUCUGUCAAUGCCUUCCCAAAUCUGGUUUCAGCAAAGACUAGAACUUUAACGCUGAUUGAGGAAAAAGUGGUUUGCAGCAGGUUUCGUGCAGAAGUCAAUGUGUUGCAAUUCGCUGGUGGUGCAUUUGAAGCUGCAACAUUUCUACUAAUGGAAUUAAGCACCAGCUAUGCGCAAAUAAAAGAACAAAAAUAUUUAAAGAUUUGCUUACUAAUGCGGUCUCUUAUUUUAAUUUUUUACCAAUUUGUGGCUAAAUGGACAUUGAAUAAUACAAAUAAAUGUCUUUCCACAUUUUGCUCCUUUUCAUCAUUUAAAGUUGAGUUCAACCGGCUCGAAAUGAAUUUGUUUCAAUAA